AUGCGCUCCAAGCCCUGCCCGGCCCCCGCGGGGAGGAGACAGCGGCGGGAGGGCGGCGGCGCUUCGCUGGGCCCCGGCAGGCCCGGCAGCGAGCGGGGCCGCGGUCCGGGGGGCAGAGCCGCAGGAAAAUUGGAUGGCUGGGUGAGAACUGGUAGUCCAGAGGAAGAGAUCGUGGCUGAGGAUUGUAACAUAUCUAGAGAAAUGCAGGAACUGCAGAAGCAAUGGCACUCCGUGGUGCAGAUCAUCCACAGCAACGCAAAUGUUGUUGCCUUUAUGAAUUCUCGUAUUGGCCAAUAUUUAGAUGACCAUCCUUUUGUUGCGUUGUCACUCCUGAUGUUUAUUGCAGUGUCUGCUAUCCCCGUGUCAUUUUUCCUGAUUUUUGUUGUUACAACAGCUGUGAUGGCCUGUAUUGGUGUGAUAGUCAUGGAAGGUGUUGUGAUAGCCAUAGGUGGCAUAGCGCUCCUGUGUGUGCUGUGUGGCCUGGGGGCACUUUCCCUGGGAGUUUCUGGAGUGCUGAGUGUUUCUUACAUUGCACUUUCAACUCUGGUCAACUACUGGUAUUCUUCCAGGGGUCAGCUAAGGAAGCAAGAUGUUAAUGGAAGUUUGCCCCAGAAGAAGUCAGGCUUGGAUGUCUCUGCCAAUAAUGGAAAGAGUGAGUAAGUGGGUUUGUCCCCACUUCCUCCAUAGGCACUUAACUGUCCAGCUCUGACCUUCAUUAUGUAACUGCUUACUCGUUGAGCAUUCAGCCUUUGUGUGCUCCUUCUGGGAACUGACAAGAAUCAAUGUACAUCUUACAUCGUCACUGUAAAAUGGAUGCUAAGAAUAACCAUUAAGCAGCAGUGUAUUGCAACAGUAAGUGUAUGUAAAUGAUGGAAUGCUCCACAGAGUUUGGUGAAGGGAUGUGAUAGUCACUGGUCCUGUUAAGUCAGUGGUAAUUAGGGGAAAGAAGGAGUAGGGGUUUGAUUUCUCGUUAGUUACUGGAGUUCUGGACAUACUCUCUUGAAAUUUGUGUGCAGGAGUUGGUCAUUUUGAAACAGAAGUACCAAAGCUCAGAACAGCAGAGAUGCAUUUUGAAUGUGGGGAAAAAAAUACUUGCAAGCCUUAACAGCCUUUGUUAAAAUAGUAUGAGCAUACCAUGCUUUAUAUUUAUUAUACAGGGAAAAUUGGGUUUUGUCAUAUAUUAAGUCAUGCUCUAAGCUUUUAUCUACCUUUAGAUGUUGCAUUAUUCCAAAGGGAUAUUUUCCUUGUUCUCAUUGCCUCAUUAUAGCAAUGGCAUGCUUAAAUAGUGUAUUUUUUUCCUCUUUGUUUAGGUAUUUAAACUGCCUGGUUUGCUUCUCAGUUGUAACUCCUUGUAUGUUAUUUAAACUUUUUCUGUUGUUUUUGCAAAAGCUAUUAUAUUUUUAAGCAUUAUGAAACUAACUGUAUUAGUUUAAUAAAGUGCUGUUUGUUUAACCA